CCCAGCCUUCAGUCGAGCCACGGGAGGGCUCAGAGAUGGACUCAUCAGAACGAUCAACAAUCAGAAGUGAGCAGAAAUCCAGAAAAUUCUUAAAAAGUCUAAUAAGAAAGCAGCCUCGGGACCUUCUUCUUGUAAUUGGAACUGGGGUAAGUGCUGCGGUAGCACCAGGAAUCCCAGCGCUGUGCUCCUGGAGAAGCUGCAUUGAGGCUGUAAUUGAAGCAGCUGAGCAGCUGGAGGUGCUUCAUCCGGGAGAUGUUGCUGAAUUUCGUAAAAAAGUAAUCAAAGAUAGAGACCUGCUUGUGGUUGCACAUGAUCUCAUCAGGAAAAUGUCACCGCGUACUGGGGAUACGAAGCCCAACUUCUUCCAGGAUUGCUUAAUGGAGGUGUUUGAUAAUUUAGAACAACACAUUCAGAAUCCUGUUGUUCUGCAGUCGAUCCUGAGACUCAUGGAGAGAGGCACAAUGGUUCUGACUACAAACUAUGAUAAUUUACUUGAAAUAUUUGGUCAGCAACAGGGUAAACCUAUGGAAUCUUUAGACUUGAAAGAUAAGGAUAAGGUUCUUCAGUGGGCAAGAGGUCAUGUAAAAUACGGAGUUCUUCAUAUUCAUGGCUUGUAUACAGAUCCCUGUGGAAUGGUGCUAGAUCCCUCGGGAUAUAAAGAUGUUACUCAAGAUCCUGAAGUCAUGGAAGUUCUUCAAAAUUUGUAUCGAACCAAGUCUUUUUUGUUUUUGGGCUGUGGAGAGACUCUGCGUGAUCAGAUAUUCCAAGCUCUUUUUCUUUAUACUGUAAAGAAUAAAGUGGAUUUAGAACAUUAUAUGUUGGUGCUUAAAGAAAAUGAAGACCACUUUUUUAAGCUCCAGGCGGAUAUGCUGCUGCACGGAAUAAAAGUAGUGUCCUAUGGGGACUGCUUUAAACAAUUCCCAGAGUAUGUACAAGAUCUGACUGCUCAAAUCUGCAAGCAGAGAAGUCCAGAUGCUGAUCGAGUGGACAGCACAACACUGUUGGGAACUUCAUGCGUGGACUGUGCUAAAAGGAAGUUAGAAGAAAAUAGCACUGACUCUCCGAAGAAAAUCAAGCAGUCAGAUAAUGGUAUACCCACUAUUUAAUGAAAAAAAAAAAAAAAAACAAAAACCAAACCAACCAAAACCCAACCCAGAAGCUUUUUAACAGUAGGUGUUUUACAUCUGCUGCACAGGAAGUUUUGAGCUGAGAAUUUCCAUGGUUUUAAGUGGAAAAAAACUUGUGCAUCGUAGCCUUUUCUCUUCUAGAGCUGUAAAUGUGUAAUGUAUGUAAAGCUUGAGAGUCAUACUAGUCACUCUCUAGGCACUUCCACACUACUAAAACUGCAUCUGCAGGGUCAUUUAGAAGCAGGUGCCUGGGCUUCAAGCCAGCUGGACCAAGCUCAAGCCACAACAGAGGUAAUGUUUGAAUCUGUCAAAAAUGGCUUUGGGCAUACCUGUGACUGUCUCUUAGUUGCCUUUAAAAUGAAGGGUUUUCUAGCCUUUUCUCAAAAGCUGAACUGAGUUAGGCUGCUGGAGGCUGAACUCUUCAGGGCUCUGUCAGCACAAGGCUGCUUGCAAGCUUCAGAUUCAGAUCCCUAAGCUGUUUGGAACGGGAAGUGUUGUUUCAUGUUUAUAGAACCCCCAUCAUGAUAACCUGCCUAUUUUACAUGUUUAGCAUGAGCAUUUGUUUUUGUCAGUCUGUUAAGGCACGAGAUCACAUGGGGAGACAAGGAUAUAGUAGUAAUGUAUCAGCAAGGACAUACCAUAUGUACAUGGGGGCUUACUGACCUAUUUGCAGUGCAGUGGAAUUAAAACCAGUUAGUAUCUAAUUAGGCAUCUGUAGACAAUUUCUAAUAUAUAAGUAAGUUUGACUUCAGUUGAACUACUGAAAUGAUUAAGGUUAGGCACUGAGUUCUUUUUUUUUCUGAGGUGCUGUUACUUCAGCUACCACUUCACUGUCUCAGCACUGAACUGACACAACUAUGGGCCCAGUUGCUAACACUGGUAAUCUUCUGAAAUUUUCUAGUCAGCUGCCUCUUACCUCAGUGUCUGCAGGAGAGCAUGUUCAGGGCCAUUCUUUGUUCUGAUACCAGCACAUUUGUAUCUGGCAGUCCUGGAGGGUUGCUUCACUCAGGUUUCUCUGCUUAUGUUCCCUGUGGAUUUGAUCUGUUAGGCCUUCUGAGAUCCCAUCAUGCUAUAAUGAGGUUUUACAGGGAGUGGAAGUAAUGGGUCUGUCAGAUGACCUUUCUGUCUGAAUUGUACUAUGUCAACUCUUUACUCCCAUGUCGCAAGAGCAAUUUCUGCUUGUUCUCUAGAAUGUAUGUGCGCAAAAUGAAAAGCUUUAAAGUGAGGUGCAUGCUGCUGCUUUCUAGACUGGUAACUACUGAGAUGGGUAGAGUUUUUGUAGUGUGGAAGUCUUUGUCCCUGUUCUGAAGUAGGUAAAGAUCUGAAGAUAUUUUGCCUAGAAAAGCAAUCUUAAACAAUGGAUGCACACUGACUCUUUGUUUCUUCUACCCCAGAAGGAAACACCCAGUUGUCUUUCAUGAUUGACAGUCUGGAAACCAGUUGGGGUUUAGUAUCCCAUGUAAUUGCUAAGGACCUCAAGCAUCAGUUCUCAAGGUUUCAGCUGUUUUUUAAAAGGCAAAAGCAAAACCAGCCUGAAUAUAGACCACACUCAUCCUCUCCCUUUGAGAGAUCGUAUUUAUGCAUAAAUCACUUUUGAAAAGUAAGUCAGUCAGUCUUUUAGCAUCGUGUAUAGCAUUAUCUGUAAGACUCCAACCUCUAAAACUUGCUUCUCUAGUCAGUAUGAAUUGGCUGUUUUGAAAAGUGAUCAUCAUGCUAUUUUGGAUGCUGAUGUAUCAUCAGCUUAGGAUACUUAAAUUGUUGCUCCAAGCUGCAGCAAAAUUAAUCAGAUGAGCUAUUUAUGACCCUAAUUACUGCAAUUAUUUAAGCCCAACCCUAAAGUCAUGUAACUCCUUAUCUUGUGCCUGAAGUCAGAGCCAUGUUAGGAAAUUGCAUCCCCUCCCUUCGGCAAGGAUCAGCUUACACGUAGCAUUGGUGAUUCUUCCAUUUUGUAGACACUGCUGAACUGCAACUUGUACAACAGCCUCCCCUGACUCAAGUGCCAUUUAUUUGUAUCCUGAAAAGCAGAUGUAAUUCCUAACAUAUAUCCACCAUAAGAAGGUAAAAUUGCCUAGUUUUGGUUUCCCCUGCCCCCAGAGAAUACAUUUUAAUCAUCAUCUUAGCGAUGGGAUUGCCUUGCAGCUACCUCAGUGUUUAAAAUACAGUCAAAAGGGACAGAACCUGAAACGUGUCUGUUCUAGUUAUCUGUUAAAUGAGAAUAACUUGUUUAAGGCCCUGCUCAGAUUAUUACCUGAGUACUGUGAAAGAACUAACCAUAGAAAUGGGCAUGGUAAAUUAUGUUUGCCAAUUCUACCAUAGAUGGUUCUUUUUCUACUUAAUUCGUAAUUUCUUUUUAAAAUGGGAGUAAGAUAUUUACUGAAAACAAACGUGUUGACCAUUUAUUAUCCUCUUUUGCUUAAGCUGUGUAAUGAAGUGAUGGCAUACACUCUUUUAAUAAAAUAUUUAAA